GUUCCUCCACAUUCACUCCUCGGGGAACCGCCCUCCUGCCUACCUGCCUGCUUAAAGAUCUGACGCAAGGCAAAGGCAUGGAUACAGAGCGAACCACCCAGCAAACACUCAUUGUUCUAUAGCUAGGGCUUGUUCAUCGUGAGCUUGGGAAGGUUGGAGGCACCAACACCAAAUGCCUGGAGAGGUAGCUCCUUGCUGGUUUUGAGGAAGGGAGGUAUGGUGCUUGAGAGGAAAGGAGCAGGAUGCUGGUGGGAAAACUCCGGGAUCUACGAAAAGAUGGUGUGCUUCAAAUGAUCUCCAUGGACGGGACACCUCUGCAGAUCUUUUGACCUCUGGUGGCUGCAUGUGAACAAGUGGACAAGGAUGUCUGUGACCAAAACCAGUAAGGAGAUUCCUGCUGCUGCCCCUUCGGCAGAGUGCCCCGUCUGUUAUGAGUCAUUUCAGUCUCCGAAAGUGUCGCGCCGGGUGCUGAGCUGUGGGCACACUUUUUGCCACGACUGUCUGGUCAAGUGCCUUUUGGCAUCUCGGGAUGAGGGCCGGCUACAGAACUGCCUCACCUGCCCCGUCUGUCGCUUUGUGACCUUCCUCUGCAGGAAGAGAGCCUGCUUGCCUUCCAAGAUCUCCCCGAACCCUCCACCUUUGGAGCUGCCUCUCUCACCUUCGUUGCUGUCCUUGGGGUCAGCAAACACUUUAGUGGUGCCUGGCCAUUUCCUGAUGUCCCUGCGUGGCUACGACAGCCACCAGAAUGUGUGUGGCUGCCCUAGCAUGAACUCGGUGGUGCACCCUGGUGGCUUGGAGCGACAGUCUCACGUCUUCAUUAUCACUCAGUGUGGGAUGCCGCUGAUCGAAGAGAACAUUGGUGUCACCGCUCUAAACCACGAUGUGGAAGCUGCGGGGUCAAUGGCGUCUCAGAGGUCCCUAAUAAUGGGCUGCUUCCAAUCACCCAUUGUCUUGGCAAUCCUCCUGGUCUCCACUGUUGCUCUGUUGGGGGCUGUUCUCCCCUGGCUACUACUACUAGAAUGA